AUGAUUGAAAGUGGAAUAACAAGCAGGAUGUCAGGAAUUCAUGAAAACCCUGUGCAAAGUCACCACACCUCCGCACAAGACUACAGACUCCUGACUACUGACCCUUCGCAGCUGAAAGACGAGCUGCCUGGUGAUCUUCAGUCCCUGUCCUGGCUCACCUCUGUGGAUGUUCCCCGACUGCAGCAGAUAGGACCUGGACGACCUGAUUUUGCCAGUUCUGCUCAGAACAGCCUGCUGGAGCGGCAGACAGCUCAGCUGAAUAGCAUGACGGUAGCAGGAGGAGCAGGAUCUGUGAUUCAGCUACAGAGUGAAAUGCAGCACAGCCCUCUGGCCAUCAGUAGCAUGCCCCAGUUUUCCCCUGGGUUUCCGUGUGCCGCAUCAGUGUACCAGACCGCCCCUCAACAAGUUCUCACUUUCACUCAGGCAAACCAACAGUGUUCUCCCGGUGGGAUUUAUGGCAACUACAACAGCCAGAGUCUGUUUCCUCAACCCCGUAUUACUGCUCACAACCAGGACUUGCAGCCCAAGACUUUUCCUAAACCCAUCUACUCCUACAGCUGUCUGAUCGCCAUGGCUUUGAAGAACAGCAAACCGUCGCAGCAUGAUGAAUUAGACAAACUCAUUACAGACAGACCGGAGAGGUGCAGACAAAAGUCCAUUGAGACUGGCAUGACUCGCUUGCCCAGCUGCCCACCAGGGCCGACCCUCCCAAUACCAGCGCAGAUGCAGCCCCAACCAGUGGUCACUCUCUCUCUACAGUGCCUCCCUAUGCAUCAGCACCUUCAAAUGCAGCUCCAGAAUCAGUCUCGCUUGGCUCCGGCCUCCCCUGCUCCUGCUCAGACACCCCCUCUCCACACCGUCCCCGACCUGACAAACAGCUCGCACAGCGACUUCUACACGGUUCACACCGACAUGAAUUCAGAGGUGGACGCACUGGACCCAAGUAUUAUGGACUUCGCCUGGCAAGGAAACCUGUGGGAGGAGAUGAAGGAUGACAGCUUUAACCUGGAGGCAUUAGGUACACUCAGUAACUCCCCACUUCGGCUGUCUGACUGUGACCUGGACACUGGCAAUGUCACGCCUGUGUCCAAUGCAGGAGGACUGCCUUACCCAGACCUGCAGGUGACAGGCCUCUACUCUUCAUACUCGGCUGUGGAUGCCCUUUCUAACCAGUACAUGAACACACAAGGAGCAACAAAGCCUAUCGUUUUGCUUUAAUUGCACCAGCAAGAAAUUAAACAAGCUGAGCUUUACUUCCCAGGACCAUCUAUAAAGCUUUCAAUCCUAGCCUUCGUGGCGUGUCAGACUCCAAAAAACAUCCUGCAACACAGAUUUCUUCCAAGGCAGCCAAAAAUGUUUAGCAAAAUUGUUGCAACAUCAGAUAGAAAGCAUUACGAUAUCCUGAACUGAGUAGCAUUUAUGGUGACGUCACAGUAUUCAAAGGUGUCAUUUGCAUUGACUGUAUUAAUUGCAUUAAAAGCAAUGGGUUUGAAGGGACCAAAUC